CUAACUUGGCGAACUCUAUAAGUAGGGGCCAUAGUCGAUUCCCUGACUUACUCCACGGUUGUUACUCGACACCAUCAGAAUAAACGAAACUGCAGACACGAUCGUCAUAUCGAUCCGAUUCGGCGCCAUUCAUCUGCACGGUCGAAAAUAAUAUCGUCGUUUGAAAAAAAGAAAAACGAAAAAAUUUCACCCGAGUCUGCAUCGAAAUUAUCUGCAGAUUAUUUUUUUGAUUCUGUUUUUUUGUUUUUCAUUUUAUUUUUUCGAAAUUUUUACAUAGCUACGUAGUGCAUCGUUCAUUCAGUUCAGUUUAUGUUUGUUUAAUUUUUUGUCUCUCAUUUGCUCGAAGUAAUUGGUUUAUAUUUUUUAAUUUUCUUUUUUUUUUCUAAUUGUGUGACAUGUGGAUGAUUAAAAAAUUGACAACAUAAUUACAGAAAGUUUGAUGAAGAAUAACUUCAGUAUUUGAACGAUGUGGAGUCAGGUUUGGACGCUUGGCGUCCUGGUUUUAUUGGCAUGUUCAUCGUACGCAGACAGAGGUGCAUCUCGAAGCAGUUCCUGGGAUUACAAAUCGCCACAGAACAGUCAACCGCCGUUUAAAUGUCCUAGUGAAGGAUAUCAUCCAGAUCCACAUGACUGUAAAGUUUACUACAGAUGUGUUGAUUGGGGAAACAGUAGCCCUCUCACCUCGUUCAGAUUUGAAUGUGGUCCUGGAACUGUGUUUUCUAAACAACAGGGUGACAUUUGCACGCAUCCUUCAAGCAGUGGGCGACCAGAAUGUGAUGAUUCUGAAAACGCAAUCAACUCACAGGACUCCGGAGACCGAAAUGAUAAUGGACAGUGGAAUGGUGACACUGGACAUAAUAGUGUUCAAUGGAACGGAGAUACGGGGGAUAUGGGUGGCCAAUGGAACGGCGAUACGGGGGAUAACGGUGGUCAAUGGAACGGCGAUACGGGGGAUAACGGUGGUCAAUGGAACGGCGAUACGGGGGAUAACGGUGGUCAAUGGGAUGGAGAUAUCGGAGAUAAUGGUGGUCAGUGGGAUGGGGAUGUAGGCAACGCAGGGCAGCCCGGACAACCAGGAGAUCCAAACGGACAACCAGGACAACCAGGAGAUCCAAAUGGACAACCAGGACAACCAGGAGAUCCAAAUGGACAACCAGGACAACCAGGAGAUCCAAAUGGACAACCAGGACAACCAGGAGACUCAAAAGGACAACCAGGUACUCCUGGUACACCUGGAACACCCGGAACACCAGGGACACCUGGUACCCCUGGGACCCCUGGUACACCUGGUACACCCGGAACACCCGGAACACCCGGAACACCAGGAACGCAUGGCACACCUGGUACCCCUGGUACACCCGGAACACCCGGAACACCCGGAACACCGGGAACGCCUGGCACACCUGGUACCCCUGGUACACCUGGAACACCUGGAACACCCGGAACACCCGCUACACCAGGAACGCCUGGCACACCUGGUACCCCUGGUACCCCUGGUACACCUGGAACACCCGGAACACCCGCAACACCAGGGACGCCUGGUACUCCUGGAACACCCGGAACACCCGGAACACCAGGAACGCCUGGCACACCUGGUACCCCUGGUACCCCUGGUACACCUGGAACACCCGGAACACCCGCAACACCAGGAACUCCUGGUACUCCUGGAACACCCGGAACACCUGGAACACCCGGAACACCAGGAACGCCUGGUACCCCUGGUACACCUGGAACACCCGGAACACCCGCUACACCAGGAACGCCUGGCACACCUGGAACACCCGGAACACCAGGAACGCCAGGAACGCCUGGCACCCCUGGAACACCCGGAACACCCGGAACGCCUGGCACACCUGGUACCCCUGGAACACCUGGCACACCUGGAAAACCUGGAACACCCGGAAGUCCUGAUGCGUCACGUGCUUGCUAUGAGGAAGGUUUUUUUGCAGAUCCCCAAGAUUGUCGAAAGUUCUAUCGUUGUACUGCCGAAGGUGCAUCCUUGCACAAAUAUGAGUUCAGGUGUGGUCCUGGAAGCGUCUGGGAUCAACGUUCUCAGGUAUGCAACCAUCCGAAUUCUGUGCCAAGCUGUAAUCCGGAUACUGGUGAAUCCAGUGCUUCUUCGGAGGGUGGACCAGUAGUAUCUCCUGAUAUACCUGGAAAACCUGGAACGCCUGCUACACCGCCCACCCCUGCCACACCAGCCACGCCUGCAACCCCUGCUACGCAACCUACGCCAGCAACGCAACCAACGCCAGCAACGCAACCCACGCCAGCAACGCAACCCACACCAGCAACGCAACCCACGCCAGCAACGCAACCCACGCCAGCAACGCAACCCACGCCAGCAACGCAACCCACGCCAGCAACGCAACCUACGCCAGCAACGCCUGCGAUACCUGCUACUCCUGCUACCCCUGCUACACCAGCAACACCAGCAACACCUGCAACACCUGCUACACCAGCAACGCCUGCUACCCCUGCUACACCAGCAACACCUGCGACACCUGCUACCCCUGCUACACCAGCAACGCCUGCGACACCUGCUACACCCGGAAGUCCUGGUGCGUCAGGCAUUUGCCAUGAGGAGGGCUUUUUUGCGGAUCCCCAAGAUUGUCGAAAGUUCUAUCGUUGUACUGCCGAGGGUGGUUCUCUGCACAAAUAUGAAUUCGGGUGUGGUCCUGGAACCGUCUGGGAUCAAGGUUCUCAGGUAUGCAACCAUCCGAGUUCUGUGCCCAGCUGUAAUCCGGAUACUGGUGAAUCCAGUGCGUCUUCGGAGGGUGGACCCGAAGUAUCUCCUGAUACACCGGAAAAGCCUGGUGCGCCUGGCACACCUGGUACCCCUGGUACCCCCGGUACACCACCGAUACCCGGAACACCCGGAACGCCCGCAACACCAGGAACACCUGGUACCUCUGGUACCCCUGGAACACCCGCAACACCAGGAACGCCUGGUACCCCUGGUACACCUGGUACCCCUGGAACGCCCGCAACACCAGGAACGCCUGGCACACCUGGUAGCCCUGGAAUGCCCCCAACACCAGGAACGCCUGGCACACCUGGUACCCCUGGUACCCCAGGAACGCCCGCAACGCCAGGAACGCCUGGCACACCUGGCACACCUGGUACCCCUGGUACCCCUGGAACGCCCGCAACACCAGGAACGCCUGGCACACCCGGUAGCCCUAGUACCCCUGGUACCCCUGGAACGCCCGCAACACCAGGAACGCCUGGCACACCCGGCACACCUGGUACCCCAGGUACCCCAGGUACCCCUGGAACACCCGCAACACCAGGAACGCCUGGCACACCUGGUAGCCCUGGUACACCCGGAACGCCUGCAACGCCAGGAACGCCUGGCACACCCGGUAGCCCUGGUACACCUGGUACCCCUGGAACGCCCGCAACACCAGGAACGCCUGGCACACCUGGCACACCUGGUACCCCUGGUACCCCUGGAACGCCCGCAACACCAGGAACGUCUGGCACACCUGGUAGCCCUGGUACACCCGGAUCGCCUGCAACGCCAGGAACGCCUGGCACACCUGGUAGCCCUGGUACACCAGGAACGCCUGGUACACCCGGAACACCUGCAACGCCUGGCACACCUGGUACCCCUGGAACGCCCGCAACACCAGGAACGCCUGGAACACCUGGUACCCCUGGAACACCCGCAACACCAGGAACGUCUGGCACACCUGGCACACCUGGUACCCCAGGUACCCCUGGAACACCCGCAACACCAGGAACGUCUGGCACACCUGGCACACCUGGUACCCCAGGUACCCCUGGAACACCCGCAACACCAGGAACGCCCGGCACACCUGGUAGCCCUGGUACACCAGGAACGCCUGGUACACCCGGAACACCUGCAACGCCAGGAACGCCUGGCACACCUGGUAGCCCUGGUACACCAGGAACGCCUGGUACACCCGGAACGCCCGCAACACCAGGAACGCCUGGCACACCUGGUAGCCCUGGUACACCAGGAACGCCUGGUACACCCGGAACACCUGCAACGCCAGGAACGCCUGGCACACCUGGCACACCUGGAACUCCUGGUACACCUGGAAAACCUGGGACACCCGGAAGUCCUAGUGCAUCAGGUACUUGCCAUGAGGAAGGCUUUUUUGCAGAUCCCCAAGAUUGUCGAAAGUUCUAUCGUUGUACUGCUGAGGGUGGUUCUCUGCACAAAUAUGAAUUCGGGUGUGGUCCUGGAACCGUCUGGGAUCAAGAAUCUCAAACAUGCAACCAUCAGAAUUCAGUGCCAAGCUGUAAUCCGGAUACUGGUGAAUCUAGCGCAACUACAGAUCAACCGCACACUUCUACUCAAGGAGAGACUGCUACCACAUCACCUACGUCAGAUUCUACAACACUAUCUUCCACUAGCAUAGCUACUGAAUAUCCAGAAGCCCAACAACCAACAGCAAAACCUGGAUCUGGAACAGACAACGAACCUACAGAAUCAUCCCUUCCAACUGAACCUUCUACUCCAUCGCCUACAAAUGCAUCUGAUAAACCUUUGACUCCCACGACAACAUCGGCAGUUCCGGUAUCUACAGGCAUCACAACCGAAGCAACAUUCGAACCAGAAAGUACUUCCCCACUGCUGGUCGAAACUACAACGGCAUCAACUUCUCCAGCAACACAGCCAACGUCACCAGGCACUGAAUCUACAAGUAGCUCAGCCUCUGAAGGGUCAGGUACGAAUUCUCCAUGGAAUUCAACACCACUGCCAGAAACUACGACGCUACCUGGAAGCUCUACUACUACAAAUCCAAAUGAUUCUGGAAAACCAGGACAAUGCUCCGGUGAAGGAUUCUUUGUGGAUCCUGAAGAUUGUCGUAAGUUCUAUCGUUGCGUUGCUAAUGGUUCCGGAUACCAGAAACAUGACUUCAUGUGUGGUACUGGAACAGCUUGGGAUGAGACGGCUGAAACUUGUAACUAUAUAGAACGGGUAGCGGCGUGCAAGCAAGGAAAUAAUACUAAUGAAAACACCACACCAAGUACAUCGACACCUUCAGAGUCUACAACAUUAGCACAGUCUUCUACAGUGACUGAAAGCACUACGAACUCGAACGUGGAAGAGCCGGGAAAGACAACGGAAGCUCCGGGACAAGACAGAACAGAUGAACCUGGGCAAGUUACAGCAAUUACCGGAAGUGAGAGCCAAUCAACCGCUAAUGAACAUGAAUCCACUACUCUGCCAGGAAUUACUAGCACUCAAAGUUCAUCACCAGAAACCACUACUGUCGAAUAUAGUUCUACUGGAACAUCGACGGAGUCUAGUAGCGCUGAAUCGACUACGCAAAAGCUAGAAGAAUCUUCUACGGGAUAUCCUGGUCCCGAUACUCCUGUUCAAUCAACUCCAACUGGAACUUCAACUGAGUUCAGUUCUACUGAACCAACUACGAAAUCCCCAGAAGAAUAUCCUUCGACAGGUCGGCCUACUACCGAUAAUCCGCUCACUACGGUUCAAUCGACGUCUACCGGAAUUUCUACCGAGCCAACUUCUACUGAAUCUUCUUCCGAAUCCACUACAGUAACAUCAGCAACGGAACAGACAGUUGCACCAUGUGCAACACCGAAGCCUAAUAUUACCUUGGUCUGCACCGAGGAAGGCUACUAUCCGAAUCCGACAGAAUGCAGUAAAUUCUAUCGAUGUGUCGAUAACGGAAAAGGCUACAGUAUAUACCACUUUGAUUGCCCACCUGGAACAAUUUUCGAUCCAAGUGUAAACGUUUGUAAUCACGCUAGCUCCGUCUACCCACCGAGAGAUUGUUCAGGGGCACAAGAAUCGACAACAUCAGCACCUGCAUCAACAACUGGAACGGAAUCUGAAAACACUAAGCAGCCACCAAAUUCGACUGACUCACCCACAUCAACAACCCCAGCAGAUGGGUCUACAACUACAACGGCACCCACCACCCCUGAACAAGAGUCAACGACACAAGAACACGAAUCUACUACUGAACAGAUAACGACUGAGAAUUCCUCAGAAUCCGCCUCCACCUCUGAAAGUUCUGAAUCCACAACCAUAGAGGCAACGACUGAAUCAGAACAAAGUACGACCGAUUCUACUUCGGAGACUUCCACAUCUCAAUCUCCAGUCGAGUCCACGACAGUUCCAGCUGAAACAACUUCAUCUGUUUAUUCUACUGUAGAGGAGACUGGUAGCACUCCUGAAGGAACGACACAGCUCACUAGUGAAGCUAGUACUGAAACAUCGACUCAGGUAACUACUGAAGCCACGACUGAAACAUCGACUCAGGUAACUACUGAAGCCACGACUGAAACAUCGACUCAGGUAACUACUGAAGCCACGACUGAAACAUCGACUCAGGUAACUACCGAAGCCACGACUGAAACAACGACUCAGGUAACUACUGAAGCCACGACUGAAACAUCGACUCAGGUAACGACUGAACCCACGAGUUCCGUAACAACUGAAGGAACUACUCAAAGCACAACGCAGUCAGAGACUGAAUCGACUACUCACAGUGGUACUGAAGCUACGACUGAAACAAUAACUCAAGAAACCUCUGAAUCUUCAACUUCUGAAUCAACGACAGAACAAACUGCGUCUACGUCUGUUGCUGAGAGUACGGUGACUGAGAAAGUAGAAAGUACAACUGCAACAAGUACAGAGGAAUCUCAGGCAACGACUGAACAAUCCACAGCUACGACUGAAUCAGCAGAAACAACGACACAGCAUCCAGAUAGCACAACCGAGAGUACGCAGACAACGACACAGUCUGAAGCCACUACAGCAGAAGGACAAAAAUCAACAGAAUAUCCGGAUCAAUCGACAACUGAAGCUCCAGCAUCAACCACAGGACCCCAAGAAAGUACAACCGAACAAUCCAGCGAAUCGACAACGCAACAACAUGAGGAGAGUACAACAGGAGCCCCUGUGACCACAGCACCACAAGUGAUCACACCUUGUCCAAUUGGAAAUUUGACAAACGAACAAAUUGCUCUGGUCUGUCCCACCGGUUUCCGUCGACAUCCGAAGUAUUGCAAUCUCUUUUAUCAAUGUACAUCGGCAAGUAACAUGGACAUCAAGGUCUUGGUUCUGAGUUGCCCUGAGGGCACUGCCUACGACAACAAGAAGAUCCAAUGCACACCUGAAGAAAGUAUGAGUGAACCAUGUGAUGGACCUCGAGCAGAUGCCAGAUUUUACCGAAGAUUAACCGAGAACUCAAUGCCCCCCGUAAAAGUUCACUCUAGGAGCCUUUGCCCCGGUGAAGGACAUUAUCCAUAUCGUGAAGGCUGCAGCAACGCAUUCUACAAGUGUAGACGAGAUUUGAGAGAUGAUAUGCAAGGAUAUCUAUAUAAAUGUCCGCAGGAUUACGUAUAUUGGUCAGUUUCCAGGAGGUGCGAAAGAGCAAGUCGAUUACCAAUGUGUUCAUACAUGGGCACAAAAAGCAAGAAUACGAAUCACUCUUGGGAAGGUCGAUGGGAAGUACCAGUAGAAGAUUAUAAUCUUUCCGGAAGAAUGCUCGACUGGGAGGAUUAUUAGCUGUUUGAUGUUACAGCGGUAGUGAAUAGUUACAGAAGAUAAUCACAAUCACAAUCGUACAUGGGUAUCAAAAAUCUUGUUCUUCAAAUAGAUUUUUGCAACCUAUUACAGCAAAGGCAUCAGCUCUUGGAUAAUUAACUAUAUUUAUUUAAUGGAUUACUAGUGAUCCAGCAGCUGAUGCCUUAUCACGAAUUUCAUUUUGAAUAGUUAUUAUAUUAUAAACAGAAUCUCCGUACGAUUUUAGGAUACUUGCAGCUUGCGGUUUAAAAUCAUACGUGACAUUCGGGGUCGAGGUUGUGGGAAUUCACUUAUGAUGAAUAUAUUUUUUAAUAUUAGGUAAUCUCAUCGCUCUAUUUAUUUCACUAAAACAUUAGCGUCUUGCCAAUCAUCGGGCAGUUUUGAAUCAAAAAGAAAUAUUCUCAUCGUGGGUACGCGCCACGAUUGUAUAUACAUAUAUUAUUAUAUUUAAUUUGGCUAUUAAUCUUAUUCUUGUCUAGUUUAAAAUUUACAUUUCAAAGAAUGAAUGCUCUUAAUGAUAUUGCACAGCUGGAUUUACUUUAUUUUAUUUUCUUCUUUCAUAUUGUGAGUGAUUUUUGUGUGUUUAUUUGUAUGUGUAUUUGAACUCUUUGUCAGUGCAAAUAGCUUCUUUCUAAUAAAAAUGUGAAAUAAUGUU